CUGAUUUUCUGCAGACGGAACAUGGCGGACCUCUCAAAACACUGAACUGAUGAUGGGACAAAUGACAGCGCUAAGCUGCUCUUGACUUCUCUCACUGCUGGAUUUGUGAGAAUUUAAGGUGAAGGAAAACACUACAGAAGAUAUUUUACCACAGUACAUAUAUAAGAUUCAACCAGCAUGUCUAGUUUUAUGGAAAAUGGCCCCAGUAAUCACAAUGGGGAGGCUGAGCAGGUGUGGGAAAGACCCUGGACAGUGGAAGAGAUGCAGAAAUCCGGUACAAACUGGUCUCUGGCUGCAGAUUCAGGGUUAUUUCUUUUUCUGCAAGACUUCUCUCAGAGGAUGCUGUCAAAGACACAUGAGAUUGAGAAGCAGUUGGAUGGUCUUAUCCGGGACACUAAAGCCACCGACAGCCGCCUACAUACAGUGUUUAAUGACUUCCUCAUGCUGUCCAACACACAGUUCAUUGAAAAUAGGGUUUAUGAUGAAGAGGUGGAAGACCCUGGACCAAAGCCAGAAACCAUGGAGAGACCGCCUGAACAGGAGAAGACAAGGGAACAGAAGGAAGCAGAACUUAUUCCCAAAGUCCAAGAAGCCGUCAACUAUGGCCUGAAAGUCCUGGAAUCUGCUUUCGAACAGCUCGACAUUAAAGCGGGAAACUCGGACUCUGAGGAUGAGGAGGCUCUGGAAAAAGUAGAGCCCAUUUUGGAAGCAAAGGACCUGUAUGUGGACAGGCCUUUGCCAUACUUGAUUGGAUCCCAAGCCUUUAUGGAUCAGGAGGAUGUUGGCCUGGGAGAUCUAUCCAGUGAUGAAAUGUCUGUCGGUAGUGACAGAGACAGCGUCAUUGAGAGUGAUAUUGAAGAAGGUGAUGAGGACUCCGAUGAAUAUUCUGACCAGGAUGAGGACAUCCAUGGCAACUUUAAGAAAAAACCAUCCGUUGCUAGUUAUGAUGAUGCUGAUGAAGAGAAUGAAGAUGAAGAUUCUGACAUAUUUGGAGGGUCUGAUAAGGAUGAAGAUGAACUCAGAAAGGACCCUGCUCUACCAUCCUUUGCUGAUGAACUAGCAGCCAGAAUCAAGGGAGAGACUCCACAUAAGCCAGAAGCAGAUCGCGCAUCAUUAUCAUCAGGCCCAUCUAUCACCCAGAAGAAGAGUAAAGCUAAGAAAGAGCCAAAACCUCAGGUGGAAGAUGAUCAGGAUGAGAUGUUCAAACCUCCAAAAAUGGAAGAUGAGGAAUAUUCUCCAUUCGGUGGGAAGGGAGGUCUCUUUAGUGGAGGCAAAGGCCUGUUUGAUGAUGACGAUGAGGGAGAUCUGUUUUCUGAUGCACCCAAAAACGAGCCGGUGGAAAAGGAAAAGACUGUGACCCAGGCAACAGAGCCCCUUAAAACUAAGAAAAUCCCCACUGGAGCUGUCUCCAUCUUUCCUGAAAACAAGCUGUUUGGCUCACCAAACGAUUCGGAGUCACUAGAGAGCAAACACAGUCCAGUGAAGCCCAAAGUGCAGGCAGCUUCAAAACGUGCCUCAGUUGGGGGUGGGCUCUUUGAUGAUGAAGAUAAUGGUGGUGAUGACGAUGAUGAUGAUGACUUCUUCAGUGGAAAGAUCCAUAACAAAUCCACCGCUGAGAAGAAAAUACCAAAGAAAACAGUAGACCUGUUUGGGGAAGCUGAUGAGGAGAAUGAUGAUGAAGACGGGGCUAUAUACACUGAGAAAGCCAGCGUAGCUCCUCCCCUGCAGGAAAAAAGAAUCGAAGGGGAGGAAGAGACCCGUCCUCCAGAGAAAAAGCCCCCUGCUGGAGCCAUUUCAAUGUUCGGGCCCGGCACUAAAAAUAUACUGGAGGGUCUGAAGAAACGCCGGCCUUCCACCAGUGAAGAGUCCACCAAAUCUGAAGAGAGUGGACCUCCACCUGAAGCAGUCAAAUCUUCACCUAUUCUGGGAGCAUCGGAGAAAGCACUUAGCAAGAGUCUGUUCUCAGACGAAGAAGACUCACAAUUAUUUCCAAGUGAGACUACAAGUAAAUCAAAGCCUACUACUCAGAACAAGCCCAGUAAAGCUCCGCUCUCAUUAUUUGAUGAUGAAGAAGAGGAGGACCUUUUUUCAUCGACACCAAAGUCCAAGUCAAUUCAGGUCAAAAAAACAUCUCUACCAACCAAGAAACCUCUAUCCAGUUCCCUCUUCAGCGACGAUGAGGAUCAUUGGAUGAGCUCUAAGCCCAGCAAAGAAAGCUCAGAAGUGAAGCCCAGCGGAAUGAAGUCAAGCGUUAGCGCCCCCUCCAGGCUACCCAGUGUCAAAGCACCACAAAAAGAUGGCCUGUUUGGUGGUGACGAUGAUGAUCUGUUUGCAGCCACUAAUGAGUCGAGCAUCAAGUCAUCUCAGAGAAUCUCUCUCCUGUUUGAGGAUGAAGAUGAUGACGAGGACAAAGAACCUCUUUUUGGCUUCAAAACACCUGCAAAUAAAACUCCUUCUGAACCGAAGGCUUCUGGUGUUCCCUCUCUGUUCGAAUCUACGGAGGAGGAAAUUGUGCCCAAUUUAGCUAAAGACAAGAUAGCAGAGAAGUCGUCGUCGUCUGUGGAGAAGAAGCCUGUGGAAUCUAUUCUGUCCUCUGACGACAGCACUGAGGUUAAGAAGAAGCCGGUUGGAGCAGUAAGCCUUUUUGGUGGGAUCGAUGUAUUAGGAGACAAGCAAGAUGCAAGUAAAAAACAGACUAAGAAUAAAGAGGAUAUUGCUGAUGGUGACGAGCUGCAAAAGGAGGGUCCACCGCCCAUGGAGAGUAAGGGGACCAAGCCCAAGAAAACAGCUCUGAGUCUUUUUGAUGAUGAUGACGAUGAUGAUGAAGAUAUGAACACUGAUGAAAUAGUUCCUGCCCCUAAAAUACACAAAUCAACAGAAAAGAAUGCACUAAAGGAUCAUGGGUCCCUCCUGAAGAGCACAGGUGUGUUCCAAGAUGAGGAACUCCUUUUCAGUCAUACGCAACAGAGAGACAAUGAUCCUGAUGUAGAUCUCUUUGCCACAUCUCCUAAACCUGCUGUGUCAUCUCAGAGCUCUGUGAAACCAGCUGACCCCUUACUGUUUGGGGAUGAGGAUGAGGAUGACCUCUUCGGUUCCACAAAGCCUAAAGCUCCACCGAAAGUACCAGAGAAGCCCAGCAAGCCUAAAACGAAUGAAAUGGACAAAUCAACACUGACAUCAAGCAAGGACCCUACAAGCCCACUAAAAUCUAAAAAAACUUCCUCAAGGAUUGGAGAACUUCAAGCUAGCUUAGCUGUCAACCCUGCCAGCCUUCUGCCAGGCGCGGUGCCACGGAUUCCAGGAGCUGUCAGCGUAAUCCCUGGCCUGGCACCCGCUUCCCUCCCUGCAGCUGCCAGACCGCUGCCAGCUACCGAUACUAUCCCUGAUCAGACCUCCAGUGAGGGGGGUGUGAGCUUUGACUCGCCUGCUCAGGUCAGCACGCUACAGAAUGCUAACAAGGGUCGGGCUAAAGGCGCAGUGCGACGGCGGCCGCAGACGAGGGCAGCGAGACAACUUUCAGCACAGCACUCUGAGGAAGCUGUCGGGGAGAGCACCUCUUCACAAGCUAAUGAACCAGUCAUGGCUGCUUCACUCCCUACCUUUAACCCCGUUUCGGUGCGACCCACAGCGCUCACUUUACCCGUCAGCACCCCCGCUGCAGCCAAGAGCCCAGACGAAGCAGUCAGGCCAAAGAGAUUUCUCGAUUCUGCAGACGAUCUGUUUGAAUCGGAUGAUCUCUUUGCCACAAAGCCUGUUCCCUCCUCUAAACACAAAGAAAAGACCCCAGAGGAGGUCCAAAAGAAAGCCCCUAAGACGGAUGCCGUCAUAACCUCGAAGAAAGACCAGGCCUCGUCUAUUUUUGACAGCCAUGAGGACGAUCUUUUUGCCACAGUGAAACCGAAGCCUGUCCAGAAAGCCAAACACAUGUCCUUCCUAGAUGAUGAUGAUGAUGAUAUUUUUGGAGCAGGAAAGGGUAAAAUUACAGAUAGUAAAAACUCCAAGACAGAGGCCAGUCCUGCAAAACCAGACAUUUUCCAGGAUGAAGUGAAAGAACCCCUCAAGAGCCAGAAGAAGCCUAAGGAAGUGUCUUUGGAUGCAAGUUUGUUUGAUGACAAUGUUGAUAUUUUUGCUGACUUGACUGGCGCCACAAAGCCAAAGGAGAAGAAAGCAAAGAAGAAAGUGGAGGCAAAAUCUAUAUUCGAUGAUGACAUGGAUGAUAUCUUCUCGACUGGGACUACAAAACCAACGGUAAAGCCGUCCUCCAAGUCUAAGAAGAGCCAGCCCGCCCAGGAUCCCGUCUCAACUGUGGAAACGGGCCACGAUAUAUUCGAUGAUCCCUUGAAUGCGUUUGGGGGAAACUAAGUCUCCUUCAUGACAGCUGUUUGUUUAACUCUGUAGCGAAGUUCAUGGCCUAAAUGAAGGUAGAUGUAAUCUAACACUGUUGUUAAUAAUGUAAACUCUAAUAGGUAACUUUUACAAAAAAAAAAUAUACAGGAAAAAAGAAGAUUGUAAGUGUUUUUACCUCUAAUGCCAUCUGUGAAGUAAUCUGAUUGGUAAAUGAUGUAGCGGUCAUCAAUUGGCAUUGACAUCUGCAACGGUUAAUGUGUCUUUUAUUAGCACUUUAAACAUGAGAAUCGUCUGGUGAGGUGUAAAAGACAUUCCUAUGAUAUUGUCAACUAUAUGGUUAAAUUUUCAAAUGUGGUGCCAUAACUCCAAGCCUAUGCGCCAACAUAAGUGCUUUUGUGGUUGAUGUUUUUAUAACUUGAGCUAAAGUUUUCUUGUGUUGCAUGUGAAAUGAUUUUUGGAAACUAAAGAAAAUAUAUUUUAUGAAACGUA